UGAAUACUAUGCCACUUCAUCCACUACCAAUUUAGUUAUUUCACGCUACACAACUUUAACUUUUUCGUUGAAGCUUGCAAAGGGCACGUUUUUGACAUUUGCGUUACUUCUCGGAAAUGAACCAUACGUAUGCUUAUGUUGCGUCCGCUGAUGACAAAUACCCAUUUUUUCGAAUGAAGAUGGCAUUUAUGAGCGCAUAUAAACUUAUUUGUCCAUCGGUCGAGUUUACUUUUAUCAUGCAUGGCUGGUAAUAACACUGACAUUAAUAGUCUUCAUCUCUCAACUGUUCCAUCUUUCGACAAUUGCGUUUGUCAUUGACUUCAUGUUAGCCGAACAUAAACCCCAUUACUCCACACAUUUUUUAGUAGUAUGUGAACGUACUAUUAGUUUUCUUUUGCUUAGGUGCGCCAAACUGACGUCGUCGAUAUACCUAUCAACUAGUCAGAAUACAACGGCAAUGAGUAAAUUAGCAAUAAAAAUAAUGGAAUCACAGUAGAAUCGUUGUUUUGGCUCGUUCGAUCAACCCGUGUUACAUCAGUCAUCACAGGAAAAAGAGUUUAAGGGUCUUAUGGCUUGCUCGUAUGAAUACCUCAAGGCAUUUACAUCAGCUAGCAACCUAAACCUUACGGGAAUAAAGUGCAUUAAAUACGUACUCACUGGAGCGGCUGCUGCAAUAAGCCAUUCGUCUAUUUCCUUUAUAUCAGCAAAAGCUACAGGCCAAUCAGAAAGCUCUUUAAAUCAUGCACUAGGCGGAGCUGUUAGUGGCCUAAUCUGUACGUGGAAAUCUCCCAUAACCGUACGUGUUUUUGUGUGCGCUGGAUUUGCAAUAGUAUCAGCUUUGGGUAAAUAUGAAGCUCAGCUGAAAGAAAAAUAUCCUGAAUGGCAUGUCCCAAAAGUGGGUGAGAGGUAUCCAGCACCAUAUGCUUCUCUUAAUCACCGAUGGAUGAAUAAAAAUGCAAGACAAGAAGAAGAGAUGCUGGAAAUGCAUCUAUAAUAAUCUAGCGCUUUUUAAAUUUGUAACCAUAUGCUUACUUUCGAUUAAUAUAAAUUAGUCAAUAAAUACUAAAGACUGUUUUA